AUAGCGACAAAACAUGUUUGGCAGUGUUCAGUUGCAGAUUUAGCCACCAACGAAGCGGUUGUUGUCGUUGUUGCUAGUGCGGUCGUGAAUAAUUCAAUAUUUGCCAAAAAUUCCAAAACCAAAAAUAUAUAUUAGAAAACUUAGUUAAAGCGCGCAAAUCGCUCGUGACAAUUGCAAAAGGAUUACAGCUUUUUUUGGAUUAAAAUUACUUAACCAACUUGAAACUCAGGAUGAUGCUCAUUCAGCCUACACCUCAACAACGCAUCACCAUUCGUGAGGAACUACGCGAACCCGAAAACCAAUCGGAUAUCGAUCGUGACAUCAAACUCAUACGCGAAUGGUUGGACACACAACCACAUCUGCCCAAGGAUAUGGAUGAUGGCCGCUUGGCCACAUUCUUACGUGGCUGCAAAUUCAGUUUGGAGAAGGUGAAAAAGAAGCUCGACAUGUACUAUACAAUGCGUAAUGCCGUACCGGAAUUCUUUGCAAAUCGUGAUAUUAAUCGGCCCGAAUUGGCGAUGGUCUUGGAUUACUUACACUGCCCAACUCUACCCGGUCUCACGCCCAAUGGUCGCCGCAUCACUUUCGUGCGCGGUAUUGAUGUCGACUUUCAGGCGCAGCACAUUAACGAUGCCGCCAAGGUGGCGCUCAUGAUUGGCGAUAUUCGUCUGUUGGAGGAGAAAGUCGGUAUUGCCGGUGAUAUUUUCAUUGUCGAUGCUACACUAGCUUCCGCACAUCAUUUUGCAAAAUUCACGCCAACUGUGAUUAAGAAAUUCCUCAUUGCCGUGCAGGAGGGCUAUCCGGUCAAGGUGAAGGAGGUGCAUGUGUUCAAUAUUUCACCAUUGGUCGAUACGAUCUUCAACUUUGUACGUCCCUUUGUUAAAGAGAAGAUACGCAAUCGUAUCACUUUCCACAGCAACAUCGAAAGCUUGUACAAGGCCGUGCCACGUGACUUGUUGCCCGACGAAUAUGGCGGCAAAGCUGGUUCGGUGGUCGAAUUGAAUCAACAAUGGAAGAAAAAGUUGGAGGAAUACACACCAUGGUUCAAAGAGCAGGAGGGCAAGAAAGCCAACGAAGCGUUGCGUCCUGGCUCACCGAAGACCAGCGACGAUUUGUUCGGUAUGGAGGGCACCUUCCGACAACUGAACAUCGAUUAGGUUGCGCAAGUUCCAGAUCAAAUUUAUUCGUAGUUGAGAUUAGCGCUAGGAUAGAAUGGAUGUACGGAUGCGGUUGCGUUCCGCGGCUUUCUCUUGCUUUCUGCUUUGAAGCUAGCUGCUGCUUUUUGUGCUCAAAUUCGUAUUAUAGCUUAAAUAAAUUACUGACAUUGCUCCAUGUGUAUAAAUACCAUUCGCUUAUGUGUAUAUACAAAUAAUAAAAUUUUACUAUUAUUAUUAUUA